AUGCGUGUGGCUAAUCGAAUAGCCAACAAUAGGCCCAACGUCGCCCCUCCUGUUGGUCCCGUUUUGGGAGGUAUUCUUACUGCAAAGCUUGGAUGGAAAUGGAUAUUCUGUAUGCUCUGUAUCCUGGGAGGUUCUUGCCUAGCUUUAAUAUUGCUAUCACUGCCAGAAACUUCUCGUGUGAUUGUUGGUAACGGGAGCAUAGCGCCUAAAGGAAUCUACCUUACCCUCUUCUCCGUUAUUGCAAGGAAUAAAAAGGGCAAGAGUAGUGGGAGUCACAGUCUUGACGACAGCACGAACAUGGCCCUGUCCGUAGAACAUGGACCCAAGUUCACUUUGCCCAAUCCACUGAACUGCCUCAAAGUGCUUCUUUGGAAGGAUGUGGCUGUGAUUUUAUCAUGCAAUGGAAUUUAUUACAUGAUCUACUGCAGCAUCAAGGCGUCCCUUUCGACACUUUUCAUUGAAAUAUAUCAUUACGAAAGCCUGGGGCUAGGUCUCAUCUACAUGCCAUUUGGUAUUGCCUGCCUCGCCGGAACAUUCAUAUGGGGCAAGGUUCUGGAUUUUGAAUUCGCUCGGCUUGCCAAAAAGUGUGGCAUGUCCCAGGGCGAGGUCCGCCGCAAUGCCGACUUUCCAAUCGAGGCGGCCAGACUCAGCAGUGCGUUGUACCUUGUGGUUCUCAGCACUGUAGGGACAAUUGUUUAUGGAUGGGUCAUCCAUUAUCGAGUUCAUGUUUCCGUUCCCCUUGUUUUCCAAGCCAUUGUUGGCUUUUCGACCACCGGUCUCUUUGUGGAACUCUUUAAUCUGGAUCAGCUCAUUGCGGAUUACCUAUAUGUGCUGCGGGUACGAAAGUUGGUCCGGGAGCGAAGCCAAGCAUUUCAUGACAUGCAUUUUGACAUUGCCUUUUCUGUCAGCGAUUUCAGAGACAUGGCGGUUAUAGGAACUGGUAUUGAAAAGGCCGUGCAAAGCCUAUACGGCCCGAGAAAAGUCACAUAG